CAAGAGAUUCUAUUCGCACACAAAAGCAUCGUAUAGGCCUAUACGAUGCGUAUUGAAAAAGUAAAAAACAUGACAGACUGACAGGUGUUGUCUGGCGGCUGACAUAAUACGCAUCGUAUAGGCCUAUACGAUGCGUAUUAAGGCACUGAUUUUGAAGUUUAUUUUUGGUGUGUUGUGUUGGGUUUUUGGUGUUUUGGGUUUGUUAUUGGUGUUUAUUAUUGGUUAUUCUUGUUUUAAUGAGUUUUAAAAUCUUUAUCAUUUUUUUAUCGUUAAGUAUCGUAUUAUAGUGUAUCGUAUCGUAUCACAUCUUUAUUAUUUUUAUAUCGUUAAGUAUCGUAUUAUAGCGUAUCGUGUCGUAUCAUAUCGUAUCACAUCUUUAUUAUUUUUAUAUCGUGUCGUAUCGUAUUACAUUUUUAACUUAACAUCGUAUUAUAGAUUGUACGUAACCAAGCAUACCAAUCUAAACAGUUAAAAUAAACAAUCACAAAUACAAAUAAACUGUAACUACAAAUUUAAUUACAUAAUAAGUUUGUACAUACACAGGACAUUGUUCAAAAUACAUAAACCGUCAAAAUACAAGAAAAGUACAACGAUCCUAAACCUAUGGAUCCUGAGUGGUGCCUGAGGGCCCCGCCCCCUGAGUGCCUGAGGUCCCCCGCCCCCUGAUCCGCGUCCUCUCCAGGGACAGGCAACAACGGCGGUAUCGGCAAUGGCUGCUCACCACGCGCCAUGGCUGCCUGUAUAUCGCCCUGGAUCGCCCGCAUGAUAAGACGCUCCAUAUGCCGGUGAGCAGUGUCCAUCCGCGCCUCCAACCGAUGUAACGCACGUGCCACAGCUGGAUCGAGCUCGUCGUCGAGUACGUGCUGGGGUACUGAGGCACCCCAUGUGGCUGCGGCUCUGGUGGCGGAGCACCUAUCGGAAAUGGAGGCUGCUGCGGCUCCGAUGGGUCAGCGUGGUCACCAUCAUCGUCAUCGAAGGAGGAGUCGUCGUCGUCCUCUGCGGCAUCGUCGUCACGGGCAUGGUACAAUGAACUCACUUCAUUUCUUCACCACUUUGGUUUUAAGAAAUGCCUCUCUGAUGCUUCUCUCUUUGUAUACAAUCACAAUGGUACCACUGCCUACUUACUUGUCUACGUUGAUGACAUUGUCCUAACCGGAAACAAAAAUUCAUUUUUGGAUACCUUUGUUCGAGCACUAGGACAUAAGUUUUCUAUCAAAGAUCUUGGUACUCUUCAUCAUUUCUUGGGCAUUGAAGUCAUUCCCACUUCUCAUGGUCUAUUCCUUUCCCAACAUCGACAUAUCCAAGACAUUCUCACCUCAUUCAAAAUGGACGGUGCCAAGGAAGUCCUCACACCCCUUAGCACCUCGGAUCCUCUCACCUCAUCCGACUCAUCACCAUCAGUCGACUCCACUCCAUACCGCCAACUUGUUGGCACCUUGCAAUACCUUGCAUUCACCCGACCCGACAUCUCCUUUGCUGUUAAUAAACUAUCCCAAUUCAUGCAUUCUCCAAAACAGUCACAUUGGCAAGCUCUCAAAAGGGUUCUCCGCUAUUUAAAAGGAACGGUGCAUUAUGGAUUGUUCUUAAAACGCCAUUCACCACUACACUUACAAGCCUUCUCCGACUCAGACUAGGGUGGUAUACACGAUGGGGGACGGUCCACAACCGCCUACUUACUAAACCUUGGACCCAACCUCAUCUCAUGGCGGUCAUCAAGACAAAAAACCGUCUCUCGCUCUUCUACCGAAGCUGAAUACAAAGCCCUUGCAAAUGCCACUGCAAAAGUCUCGUGGUUCAAGAACCUACUUGCUGAACUAGGGAUUAAGCAAUCAAUGACUCCCACCUUGUUUUGUGACAAUACUGGUGCCACCUACCUAUGUGCGAAUCCGGUCUAUCAUUCUCGCAUGAAACAUGUCGCAUUGGACUAUCAUUUUGUUCGGGAGCAAGUCAACGCCGGCCACCUAAAAGUUCUACAUAUUAUCUCAAAGGACCAACUUGCGGAUCUCCUUACUAAACCGCUUGCAAAGUCUCCGUUUCUAUCGUUCAGUUCCAAGAUUGGCGUCUCCAAUGGAUCCUCCAUCUUGCGGGGGCGUAUUAACUAGCGAUGAUUCUCUCCAUUUACUGCAUAUAAUUUGUAUUCAAUGUUGUUAAUUUAGUCAAUAAGUCUUGUGUAACCUUUGCUUAUUUCCCUCCUUGAUUUAUGCCUUGUACUCCUAUAUAGGAGAUUGUAAUGCUGUACAUUGGGUAUCAAACUAUAAUACUAAAAACCUUUACAGCAACUUUCCUCUUCUCUACAUUUCUCGUAUACAAAAAAUCAUUUUGAAGAGUCCUUUUAGGUUUGCCAAACACUAAGGUGCUGUUUGUUUUUUGCAAGAAGUGCUUCCUGAUCUCUUAUGUCUGCGCCUGCAGACUAAGGGCAGACCAUUGGGUCUGAAGACUGUUUGUUUUUUGGAAGACCUUUCACUAAAAAAAGUCUGCGAGACCUCUGUUUGGUGCAAACAUGGUUCAACAUCUUCUUGGCUCUGUAGACUUCUUCUUCUUCUUCUCCUCCCACUUCUUCACCCCUUCUCCUCCACCCUAUCUCCUCCCCCACCUCGUCACUCGCCGGAAACACCCAAUCUCCCACCGAAACUUCACCGGAUAUCCCUUUUUCCAACCCUCUCUUCACCCCUCUCUCCUAGUCUCAAAACAAAUCAAAUUCGAUUCCUUGUUCUAUCUUUGUUUUUAACUUCGAUUCAAACCUGCAACUUCGAGCAGCACCAUCGCCGUCGAACUCCUCUCUCUAGCCGUUGUUUCUCUCUCAACGACCUCUCUCUCUGCGUCGUGUUGGUGGUGGUGGUAGGAGAUGGAGUGGAUUAGCAGGUUUGAUGGGGGUGGUGGAGGUGGUGUGUGGUUUGCAGAUCUGAAGGAGAAGUUGCAGAUAUGAAGGGUGGGUUUGGGAGAAGAGAAGGUUUGCAGAUGUAUAUGGGGUUUUGAGAUAACCAAACACUUUUUUUAUUACACUUCGUAGACAUUUAGUCCACCUUUUCUUAUACAGACGUUUACAGAUGUGAUCCGCAAACUACAGACAUUUUGCAUCUGAAAAAACAAACACCACCCCAAAUCUCGGCCUUUUGUAAAAGUCGAUAACUUAUAAGUUGGGGGUGGAAAAGCUUAUACUCUAAAUCAAAACACAGACAGAUAGACCUGUUGUGUUCUAUUCUGUUGUGCGCUGGUGUGAAGUAUAUCUCUGAUCCUCCGGUGGGUUGUUGGAAGUUGAUCGUAAAGGCGAUGGAUCAUUCAUGGCGUCCUCCAGCAGCAGGUAACAACAACAUCUUCUUCUGCCCAAUCUGCUCAGUUUCGCACUUUCCGUUUUGCCCCCCUCCCCCGUUGAUCGAAAACCCUAGCUUUCAUUAUUCACAACCCCCUUACAAUCAACCACCUCCUUUCCCCAAUCACCAUUAUCCCAAUCCCAAUCCCAAUCCACCUACUAACCCUACCUUUCAUCAUCAUCAUCAUCACCCGAGACCUGCUUAUGUCGGAAUUAAGAGGAUGAAAGUUGAUCAUAACAACAACAGCAGAGGACCCGCGUCUUCUGAUAACGAGAGGAUAUUGAAGUUGAUUCACGAUCAUGGCAAUGCCACUCCUUCUCCUUCUUCUUCUUCUUCUUCUUCUGUUGGUAGUAUGGGUAUGGGACCCCAUCAUCCUUCAGAUUACACCACUAGGCCUAGGCAGCACCCAAAUCCUAACUUGUUACCAAAUGCUGUUGAUUAUCAUAAUUCUCAACCACACUAUCAUCAUUAUUGGCCGAAUUCCAACCCAUUCGAUGGCCAGCCUCCUUCCCCUCCAAAACACCCCUCUUUGUUUCCUCUUACCUCUUCAGCAGAUGCUGCACUUUUCCAAAACCCAUCAUCUCUUUCUCCUGCACAGGACUUUCACAUUCGACAAUCUUCAUCUGCAAGAGAUGUUCAACCACAUCCAUCGAGGCGUUUUUCUUCAGAGAAGCAACAUACUAUUGAUGCUUCUCACAUAUUUAAGCAGCCACACCGAGCAUCUCGUCCCGAUCAUUUUGUGAUAAUCCUACGGGGCCUUCCAGGUAGUGGAAAGAGUUACUUGGCAAAAAUGCUGCGUGAUAUUGAAGUUGAAAAUGGUGGGGAAGCACCACGAAUUCAUUCCAUGGAUGAGUACUUUAUGAUUGAAGUUGAGAAGGCCGAAGAUAGUGAGUUGUCAAAGUCGUCUGGUUCUCUCAGAGGUAAGAGACAAGUAAUGAAGACGGUGAUGGAGUACUGUUAUGAACCUGAGAUGGAGGAGGCUUAUCGAGCAAGCAUGCUGAAGGCAUUUAAAAAGACCCUUGAUGAGGGAGUUUACUCCUUCAUAAUUGUGGAUGACCGCAAUCUGCGGGUAGCUGAUUUUGCUCAGUUUUGGGCAACUGCUAAGAGAUCGGGCUAUGAAGUAUACUUGGUGGAAGCUUCAUACAAGGAUCCAGCGGGCUGUGCAGCCAGAAAUGUACACAAUUUUACCUUGCCUGAUAUACAAAAGAUGGCCGGGCAAUGGGAAGAAGCUCCACCUUUAUACUUGAAAAUGGACAUUAAGUCUUUGCUCCAUGGAGAUGGUUUGGUUGAAAGUGAUAUUCAAGAGGUAGACAUGGAUAUGGAAGAUGAGGACGCUUCACAGGAAUCUCAUGUUAAAAAGCCACAUGACGAAACGAAAGAUCAGGUGGAUGAUUUUAGACCUCAUGAUGAGCUAAAGGAUGUUACUGCGACAACUCAUCAAAGAGAAGAGGUGAAAGAUUUGAGUAGAAGUAAAUGGUCAAAUAGUUUUGAUGCGGAAGAAGAUGGGAAGAACAAGAUUAGUGGUGGGGCUGGGGCCCUUUCAGGGUUGGUUCAAGCUUAUAGCAGCAAGGAAGCUAAAUCCGUAAGCUGGGGUGACCAGGGUGGAAAUGUUGGAUUCUCAAUAAGUGCAACAAGAAAAACAAACACAAGAUCAUUAGUUAUUGGGCCUGGUCCUGGCUACAAUUUGAAAUCAAAUCCGUUAUCUGAAGAAGAGUACGUAAAGUCAUCCCAGAAUGCUGUUGAGCCCAGAACUCAAAGCGUGUUCCAAGAACGGAUUCGUGCAGAACGCGAAUCAUUCAAAGCUGUUUUCGAUAAAAGGCGACAGCGGAUUGGUGGGUUCAAUGUGGACGAGGAAUGAGCUCACGUUUUUAACUUCUCUGUAGUCUUGCUGUAUUGUAGGGUUUACGUGUAUGGAAACCCAAUUUUUGUUGAAAAUGACAAAUUUUGCAAACGUCAGAUUUUAAGUUGGAAAGAUGAUUCAGUUAUACAAUUUGUAUCUGAUUGCUCGUGUGCCUUUGUUUUGAGUUUUGACUGAUUAGAGACGAUAGUUAAGUGUAUUUAUUGGCAAUUUCAAUUUCACA